UAAACUAUUCAUCUGUUUUGUUUAUGUCCCUUUUAAUUAAUCUCCACAUCACAUUACUACAACAUUAUUAUUUAAUAAUAGUUUCUGAGAAAGAUCUUUGCUGCUACCGCAGAUCACUGAAUACUGCCCAAUUUACAUGUGCAUGAACGUUUACAAUGGCGCCUACUUAGCCUUAUAAUCAAUUAUUACUUCUACACCUCUAGCAUCUCAUAGAAAAUCCAACCCUCUUCUGUCUACAUUUGAACUUCCAUUUUUUAUUAUAAACUUUAUAAAUCUCAUUUAAUUAUAAACAUAGAGGUGUCACCCUCUAUAAGAGAAGACUUAACAAUACAGAAUUAAACCUUUCUUCUCAGCCAUGUUUCCUUCUUAAAUAAAAUUUAUACACAAACUCUCUCUUUUUUUUGUCACCCUAGCUAUAACAAUUUCUUUGUGUGUCUAAUCUAAUCUACCUUGACCUAUCUAUAACCAUGAUUACCGGUAAGGAUAUAUACGAUGUUUUCGCAGCAAUUGUGCCGCUAUAUGUUGCUAUGAUAUUAGCAUACGGUUCAGUUCGUUGGUGGAAAAUCUUCACACCAGAUCAAUGUUCUGGUAUAAACCGUUUUGUCGCUGUUUUCGCAGUUCCAUUACUAUCUUUCCAUUUUAUAUCUUCCAAUGAUCCUUAUGCUAUGAAUUACCAUUUCUUAGCAGCUGAUUCACUUCAAAAAGUAGUUAUCCUUGGUGCUCUUUUUAUAUGGAACACAUUCUCAAAAAACCAAGAUAGUCUUGAUUGGACUAUUACACUUUUCUCCCUUUCAACUCUUCCUAACACACUUGUUAUGGGAAUCCCUCUUUUAAGAGCUAUGUAUGGUGAUUUCUCAGGAAAUCUUAUGGUACAAAUUGUUGUUCUUCAAAGUGUUAUUUGGUACACUCUUAUGUUGUUUUUGUUUGAAUAUAGAGCUGCUAAACUUCUUAUAACAGAACAGUUUCCUGAAACUGCAGCUUCUAUAACAUCAUUCAAAGUUGAUUCUGACGUUGUUUCUCUUAACGGUAGAGAACCACUUCAAACUGAUGCAGAGAUAGGUGAAGAUGGUAAACUUCAUGUUGUUGUUAAAAGAUCAACUACUAACUCUAUGGUAUCUGGUUCAUUUAACAAAUCUCAUUUAAAUAAUAUGACGCCACGAGCUUCAAAUCUAACCGGUGUUGAGAUAUAUUCUGUUCAAUCAUCAAGAGAACCAACACCAAGAGGUUCUAGUUUUAACCAAACUGAUUUUUAUGCCAUGUUUCAAAGUAAAGCACCGAGUCCAAAACACGGUUACACAAAUAGUUUUCAAAGUAAUGGUAAUGGUGAUAUUUAUUCUAUGCAAUCUUCAAAAGGGGCUACUCCGAGGACUUCAAAUUUCGAAGAUGAGACAUUGAGGAUGCAUAAGAAAAGGGGAGGGAGGAGUAUGAGUGGUGAGUUGUUCAAUAAUGGUGGUUCUUACCCUCCUCCAAAUCCUAUGCUUUCUGGUUCUACAAGUGCUGGCACAAAGAAGAAAGAUAGCAUGGGCGGUGGAAGUGGUAAUGGACCUAAUAACAAGGAGUUACACAUGUUUGUUUGGAGUUCAAGUGCUUCACCUGUUUCUGAAGGGAAUCUUAGACAUGCAGUAAAUAGAGCUGCUUCUACUGAUUUUGGCACUGUUGAUCCUUCCAAAUAUGUUCCACAUGAAAAUUCCGUUGCAUCAAAAGCUGUUACUGAAUUGAUUGAGAACAUGAGUCCUAGAGAAAGGGAUGUUGAAAUUGAGGAAGCAGUAAAGUCUCCAUAUAUUAGCCAGAAGAAGAUGGACUUGGAAGGAGGAGGGGAUGUAAGCAAAAAUACACAGAUGCCACCAGCAAGUGUCAUGACAAGACUAAUCCUCAUCAUGGUUUGGAGAAAACUCAUCAGAAAUCCUAAUACCUACUCAAGUCUUAUAGGACUUGUUUGGUCUCUUGUAUCAUUUAGGUUUCACAUUGAAAUGCCAUCCAUUGUAAAAGGUUCCAUCUCAAUACUGUCUGAUGCUGGUCUUGGAAUGGCCAUGUUCAGUCUAGGUCUGUUCAUGGCUUUACAGCCUAAGCUGAUUGCAUGUGGAAAACGAGUUGCAACAUUUUCUAUGGCUGUAAGGUUCUUGACCGGUCCAGCUGUGAUUGCGGCAACCUCAAUAGCAAUUGGUAUCCGUGGAGUUCUGUUACAUGUUGCAAUUGUUCAGGCUGCACUUCCCCAAGGUAUUGUUCCCUUUGUGUUUGCCAAAGAAUACAAUCUCCAUCCAAAUAUACUCAGUACUGGGGUUAUAUUUGGAAUGUUGAUUGCAUUGCCCAUAACAAUACUCUACUAUGUGCUUCUUGGAGUAUAGUCUAUCUUGGAUUCAAAUCAAUUAUAAUGCUGUGGCUUCAAGGCUCACUCAAACGGAUGAAUAGAAGGAAAUGUAUUAAUUAGAUGUUGAAUUUUAUUAGAGGACAGAGAAAUUAAUGAUAUAUACAGUAUAGCAGAAUGCUAAAUAUAUAUAUAUUAUUUUUGAUUCAAAUGAAAGUUGGGUUUGAUUUGUCCCA